CCUCGAAAUAGGUCAAGAAAACGGUCAAAAUGAUCUCAAUCACCACAACCGUUGCACCGCUGCCGCCGGAAGGCGGAGAACUGGAGGAGGAGUGGUGGUUUCUGGUGCUUGUGCCGGUGGCGCCGCUCUGCUGCUGCUGCUGCUUCAAUAAUGGCCAAAUACGGAGAAGCCAAUGCUAUUUCCACCGCGGUGGCCAUAGACCGAGAAAAGACCAGCCAGCAGGCCGUCCGAUGGGCCGUCGAUAAUUUGAGGUCCAAGGACAGCGGACUCAUCCUCCUGCACAUUUGCACCCGCCCCUACUCCGAUCCGCCUGAUGGCAAUGGCGAGGGAACAAAACAUGAAGAGCUGGUGAGGCAAAUGUUCCUUCCUUAUCGAAGCCUUUGUGCUCGCAAAGGGAUUCGAGCAAAAGAGGUUAUCCUCUACGACAUUGAUAUUCCCGGCGCAUUGUGUGAGUAUAUCAACGUCAACUCUAUCACUACUUUCGUCCUCGGCACUUCCCAAAGAAAUGCCAUAGCAAGGGCAUUCAAGUCUGCAGAUGUUCCGACUUCAGUAGGGAAAUCUGCACCCGAUUUUUGCUCGGUGUAUAGCAUCUCUAACAAGGGGAAACCAAAUUUGAUCAAAUCUGCUAAUGGAUCUGUGGCUUGCCCCAUCUCUGGCAGCUCAUUUAUUUCCGGCCCUCUCUCCUUUGUAUCUGCCACCAGUUCGACAUCACAGAAUUCAUUUUCGACAAAUUCGUCAGCUUCGUCGUCUAGCCAGAGUCAUAGUUGGUGGAGUGCUAAUUCUGAGGCAUUUUCCAUGGAUGGAGUUAGCCAUUCCAAACAAUCACUCAAUGGCAAAUCGUGGGAAAACAGCAGAGAGUAUCCGAUACCGAAGCCUUCUGUCCGCGACACAGCUUCAUCUUCAAACAACGGCGAAAGUUUGAACAUCUUUGCCCGGGAAAAGCGGCCCGGCGCCAAGAAUCAAAAACCUGAAACUAGCUAUGAUUACAGUUCCUUUGGAAGCAGUUACCAUUCGUCGGAGAAUUCAGGGACUAGAGACAGCGAAUUCGGGCGUAAAAAGAAGUCCGCAGCCGGAAGGAACAAUGCACUCCAACAGUCUACACGAUAUCGCAAUCUUAGGGGCCGGAAUUUGGAUGCUUUGGUUUAUAUGCCAUCAGAAUUUUGUGAUACCUCUGAAGCACAAAGUUUCCAAUCCGACGAUGUUUCCUACGAAUUUCUUGAUCAGAGCCAUGUUUCUGAUUCAUCCAGGACCUCUAUCUCCUCACAAACAACUGAGAUCGAAGAAGAAGUAAAGAGAAUGAAACUGGAGCUGAUGCAGAUAACCGAGAAGUACAAUGCAGCUUCUCAAGAAGAAGUUAGGGAAAUCUCGCCGUGCGAAUCAGAAGAGGCGAGCAUCGAUGAUUCCAACCGCCCGCAGCUGGUGGCAUUAGCCAUGGUCGAAAAGGAGAAGCAGAAGUGUAAAGCUGCAAUGGAGAUGGCGCAGAAGGCGCAGCGUCUAGCCGAGAUGGAAGCCGAGAAGCGAAAGCGCGCAGAGUUGAAGUUCAAGCAAGAAUCCGAAGAGAAGCAGAAGGUUAUUGGCGCAAUAGGACGAAUCGGACCUCAAUACAGACAGUACACAUUCGCAGAAAUAGAAGCUGCAACCGAUAACUUCUCCAGCUCGAAAAAGAUCGGCGAAGGCGGCUACGGACCUGUCUACAAAGCCUCUCUAGAUCACACCUCUGUCGCGAUCAAAGUCCUCAGCUCGAAUGCAACAGAAGGCCAAAAACAAUUCCAACGCGAGGUCUCGGUUUUAAGCCAGAUGAGACAUCCCAACAUCGUUAUCCUCCUAGGCGCCUGCAACGAGCGCGGCUGCCUCGUCUACGAGCACAUGGAAAACGGAAGCUUAGAAAGCCAGCUCUUCUCGAAGAACCGAGCCACCCCAGCGUUACCAUGGCGAGCAAGGUUCCGGAUCGCCGCGGAAAUCGCGACCGCCCUGAAUUUCCUCCACCAGACGAAGCCGCAGCCUCUGGUGCACCGCGAUCUCAAGCCCGACAACAUCCUCUUGGACAAAAACUACAAGAGCAAGAUCAGCGACGUCGGGCUGGCGAGGCUGGUCCCGCCGGCCGUAGUCGACUGCAUCACCCAAUACCACAUGACUGCAGCCGCGGGCACGUUCUGCUACAUCGAUCCGGAGUACCAACAGACGGGAAUGCUGGGGACGAAAUCGGACAUAUACUCCUUGGGCGUAAUCUUGCUGCAGAUCAUCACGGCGAAGCCUCCGAUGGGCCUGUCGUACAACGUUGAGCGAGCGAUUGAGACGGGGAGGUUCAUGGAGAUUCUCGAUCGGAAUGUGCCCGACUGGCCAGUCGAUGGCGCGCUGUCGCUGGCGAAGCUGGCUUUACGGUGCUGCGAGCUGAGGAAGAAGGACAGGCCCGACCUCGACUCCGAAAUAUUGCCGGAGCUGGACCGCCUUCGCAACCUUUGAUCGGCGAGAAGGUACGUUAAACAUUGUCGAUGCUAUGAAAUGGAUAUCGAAAGCUUUUUUUUUUAUUUUUAUCGGCAAGUUUUUUAAGGCUUUGGAAGACUAGGAUUCGAUCAUUGUUCCGUUCUUAGUCUUUUUAUUUAGUCGAGCUCGAGCUGAUCGACUUGGCGAAGCAAGUCUAGUUCGAGUGAUCAUGGUGUAUUAGCAAUGUGGUCCGGUUUGUUGCUUUUGUCUCUAACCUCUACUAUUUGGAUUAUGAAG